GUGUCAGAAGUCAAAUCUAAUCUCAAAGAUCGAGAUGCAGUUUCCUUUAACGCUGUACCGGCAAUGAGACGACGAGGUAUUUUCCAGUCGGCUAAUGCAAAAUCGAAAAACGAAAACAUUUUCCCCCUCGGAAACGUUUGCGCCUGAAGGAUUAACAAACGCUGGAAUUACGCAAUUGCCGUAAUUAUCGAUUGCGACAACGUAUAAAAGGUUCUGCCUUGUUUAGCCCGUUUCCUUGGAGUUAUCGACUCUACUUUCUCUCGACUGCGUAAAAAAUUAUUGUAUUCCGCAAUAUCCGUUAGUUAUGACACGUGCAGGCGCGCUGCUUACGUAUCUCCGUGUAUCUCUGCAUAGAGCGUAAACGGUUAUUGAUGGAUAGGUUGCGACCAAGUUUACGGAACAUCGUGGCUGCGGAUAGUUGAGAACCGUACGCGACCGUAUACGCGAUUCGCGUGUUUAUAUGUGUGUACGUAUUCAUCACGAAUCCUAUAAUUACGAUCCGAGAUGUCAGAUUGCUUGAUUAAGUUAGCGUCGUCGAUCCGUAAAUUUACCGGCUUAAAUCGGAUUCCUUCAUAUACGUCAAAAUUUCACAUUUCACAGGCAAACGCGUUAUUUCUAUGCCGUAUAAGUUUUACACACUUCAGAAAAUCUCAUUCCUUAUUAUUAACGAAGAAAAUAACGCGAUUAUCUUGUUAAUGAGAUGGAAGGAUUGCGUCGGCUUUGAAAGAACAAUUCAAUUUGCAGGAGCUGUAGAAGCGAAUUUUAAUUAAUGAGAGCGCACGAUUUCAAGAGCAGGACCGUUCGGAGUGUGAAAUCCGAUGAGUCAAGCCGAGGUCGAGGCGAUAUUUUGAUAUUCGCCCAUUGUGUCACGUAGCGCGCAAUGUUAUAACAAAUGUGAACGCACGGCGCGCGCGGCGUUUAGCGAUUGCGAGAGAGGAAUCACGGUAUAGUGUUGUGCAAAUAACGUGGGCGAUUUACGUGGGUCGAUCCCUCGAUCCGAAACGGCGGCGUGUGCCGUCUAUCUCCUGGCACCGAGCCUCUCGACCGCCGAGGAAUGAAGAAAUCGAAAUUCGAGUUUUUCUCACGGCGCUCGCUUUCUCGUUGCAAAAUCGAAAACGUCACGCGCGCGAGAUUUGCCCCUGAAAGAAGAAGAAGACAAAGAAAGAACGGCGUUUUAAAAAAACGGUCGAUCGAUUCCUUAAUCGAUUACGCGAAUUGGAAAGCACGUCUCGAAAUUAAUUAGCGGCACUUUUAACAAUUUGCGGAGUCGGCAACUAACGUAGCGAAAAAAAAAAACAGAGAGAAAGAGGAGAUAUUUUAUAGAAUUUUCGAGGACAGCACGACGAGGUGUGCGCGAUCUUACUUGUGCGAGAUCGACGUACGAUUUGGUUUACGAUCGCGAAGAUAGGAAGACGGCGCGGGCGCGAGAGAGAUGAUCGCGUGGGAAGCGAUCGGGAUCGCUGUGAAUCCUUAUAGGUCGGGGAAACGAGGACGGAGGAGUGCUGCCUGUGGUUGGCUUUGCUCGUGUGAAGUUCUGUGAAAGGGUGCGCGCUAAUUGCGAAAACCAGGUAGCCCGGCCGGCGCGCUCGCCGUUGUUGGAUAUUCGUUAGCGCGCGCGCGCGCGAGGCGUUAGAGAUUGGGCCUUAAUUGUUCCAGCUCGACUGGAUGCUCGAAUCCAACCCAUCUGGCGCGUUCUCGGCGCACGGUAGAAAAUCUCAUUGACGCUCAAAUAGAAAACCUAAUCGAGAUAGCGAAUAAAUCUCCGGCCGCAUAGAUUCGCCGGCAAUCAGGGAGCCGGCGGCGUGACGGGUUUGUGCAUUUCUUCGAAGACACGCGUGGAAAAUUGAAUUCUUACGCGUCCGUGCGGAAAGUUAAUCGAGAUGACGAAUGAAGUCGUAGGGGCUGCGAAUUCGGUAUAUGAAUCCGUGGGAAUUAGGAAGCGCAUAACGGUGACCCCGUUGGAUUCUGUUCGAGAUGAAGCGUGGAAGGUUUUGCCGAUGCUUGAAUGUAGAGUUAAUUGAAUUAGGCACGAGAUGAUCGCGUAGGAAAUUCCGUCGAGCGAGGUCUUAAUCGAAAAACGUGAACUCGUAUAAAUUCAAAGUGAGUCUGUUCUUAUGAUAAUUAAAAAACGUCAUUCACCUUCGACACGCGUGAAUAAUUCAAUCGCUGCGCGCGAUUGAACAAUUAAUUGAAACUAAUUAGAAAUUAUAUAAAGAAAUUAUACAUGAAGCUACGAAGCCAUAAAUUAACAUUAAUCGGGAAAAUGUCGUGAUGUCGUGCGUGAAAAAUAUAAUCGAAUGGGAAACUAAGUGAAUCAAUCGCGAUUUAGUCGCGUGAAGAAUUUUAAUCGCGUUUAAUUGAAAAAUUAAUUGUUAUGGAUUGAAAAGUAGGACGUACGAGCUUGACGUAAAUUCAGACAGUCGUGGCGACACAUUCAAUUGAAAAGUUAAUUGUUAUGGAUUGAGAAGUAGGGAGUACGAGCUUGACAGUUGAAAUCAGACAGUUGAAAAACCGUCGUGGCGACACGAGAGAAAUUUUUAAUCGACACUCAAGUGGUUGAAGUGAAUUUACGGCGAUAGGAAACCGUCGCGUGACGUUCUCUCGUUUUGACGAAACGCGCGUGCUUCCGCAGCUGGGAGCUGCGCAUGAAUCGCAGGACGGGCCAAGCAAGCGCGACCACGUGAAGAGUACCACCGCGAUCCGGUUACGCGCCUCAUCGUCAUCAUGGUGGUGUCACAUCGCGAGUCCAGCAUCUCGUCGAACAUACGGGCGAUAAUCGAGCAGCUGAACCUGAACCCGGUGGAGAGACGCCGGCUGAUCGACAAGACCAGGCAUCAGGGCGGCAACGAGCGAUGCAAGAGCUUCUCGGACGGGAUAGUGGUGGAGUCGCAAGCGCCGAAGAUCAGCAUCGGCGUUUACGGUUGCAAGGACCGGAGCGCCGAGUACGAGAUACCGAGCCCGAUCAGCAAGACCGUGAUCGCGGCGCGCAAGAUCGAGAUCGAACGGUCGAGAUCGAAGGCGGAGACGCGGCAGAGACUCUCCACGCAGAAGAAGGACGCGCACUCCGCGUGCCAGGUGAAGAAAGAAGCGCCCGCCGCGCCGGUGAAGAGAGAAUCGCGGGCGGAACACGCGAACGAGGGGAAGUUUGAGUGCCAGCCGAUAGUGACGAUCGGAUGCUACACUAAGGAUACUUGCUUCAUCAAGGAUACUUCCUUAACCAAGGAUACUUCCUUCACCAAGGAUACUUCCUUCACCAAGGAUACUUCCUUCACCAAGGAUACUUCCUUUACCAAGGAUACGUCCCUUAACAAGGAUGAGAGCCGAGCGAGACCGACGACGAUGCCUGUACCGACGAAGACUCCACCGAAAGGGCAACGGGCGGCGAUCAAAGGAGAACACGUUGCUCGAAUUGACGUCACGAUCGAGGACAAGGUCGCGGACGUGUCGACGGUGUCGAUCAGACCGUCGUACAAGAUCGAGGAUCGUCUAAGAUCGCGGCAGCCAGAUACCACGGCGAGCGUCAGGAUCCAUCGAGCUGCGAGGGAACCGACGACGAUCGUGAGGGAACAGCCUCGCGUCGAGGACACGGUCGAGGUAAUCGAUCGGUAGCGACUACCUCCUUAAAUAUCGCCCUGAAUGUUCCAUAAGAAAAAUUAAUUGAACGUUUUAUUUGCCGAGUUGAUCGAUUUAUAUUUUUUAUGAAGUGAGAUUUGUAAUGAUUCGUCGAAAUGUCGCUGAAAGAAAAAGUAAGAUUUUUAUUAAUAAUGUUUAAGAGCGACUGGGAGGGAUAUCUACAUUUUAUAUGAUAUCUAUAAUAUUUACAUAAU